UUUACAUCAGACGUACACUUCGACUGUUCCAUAUAACACUCACACUUGCGUCGGGGUACAAUGUGAGGUGGACGUCACUCAUGUGUACCUAAUGUUUCGUUGCACAUUACGAAAAUCGGGAUGAUAGAUUGCUGUCUGUCAUAGUGGAUAGCGUGUUAUCACUUUGGAGCUGGAAUAUAUUCUGUGAAUGGAUCAAAUAAGUUAUCUUCUAAGAAAAAGAAGUGUGUGAUGUGCUUCAGGAGUGCACAUUGUGCUCGAUUUUCGUUCUUGGCUCUUAACUUUCACUUGAAGAUAUCCUGACAGUGUCACGAUAUAUUUGUGCAUUACAAGUCUGCCACGAGUGAUGGAAAGUGGAUAAACGUCACGGAUCUAACACAUGUCAACUGACAGAGAAACUUCUGCGAAAUUCAGAGCUUUAUAAUUCAGCUAAAAGCCUUCCUGCUUUUCACUUGCUUUUGGUUUAAUCCCUUCGUAGUUUCAUACAGACUGUACAACAUUUCACAGACUAUUCUGAUCCUCAGAUGUAACUUCAGAUCUGUCGCAUGUGUUUCUAAGGGAGAUAACCCAUGCUGUACUACUGUCAGGAGGAUUGUCAGUUGACAGGUGGUAGAUUUGGUAGCAGAUCGGUCUUUGGUAGCUUUAGCUGUCAACUUGACGUCAACCAAAGAGGAUGGACACAGUUUUGACAGUCUGUCAGGGUUCCGGGACAUUAGAUUUUCCACCCACUUCCCUAUGGUCAAGUAUGGAUCUGGACUCCAGUAUAAAAUGUGAACCUAGCAGCCCUCUUGGAUUAAGUCGAUGUUCACAACCAUCUCUUGAUGAAAGUUUCGGACGGGAUGUGUUUGGAGAUUACGGCACCCAUGAUGACUAUGGGUCUGACCGCUCCUAUGGUGACAGUGGCGAUAGUGGAAAUAUCUCGCCUUGUAGUGUGGAGAAUGGCAAAAUGGAUUUCUGUACCAGCGCUUUGUCGGUGGAGUCAGACAAUGCAGAUGGAACGAAGAGAAUCUGCCUUGUUUGUGGUGAUGUAGCAUCAGGAUACCACUAUGGUGUGUCGUCAUGUGAGGCAUGCAAAGCCUUCUUCAAACGGACAAUUCAAGGAAAUAUUGAAUACUCCUGCCCAGCCAGUCAAGACUGUGAAAUCACCAAAAGAAGGAGAAAGGCAUGUCAAGCCUGCCGGUUUCAAAAAUGUUUACGAGUUGGCAUGCUUAGAGAAGGUGUUCGCCUGGACAGAGUCCGGGGUGGCAGACAGAAGUACAAGAGAAGCUCAUCAGACAGUCAUCCAUUGAUACAACAGAUUAUACCUGUUAUUAAGAAGCCAUGUCAAGAUCCCAUCGCACCUCCCGAUUUUAAGAUUCUCAACACACUUCUAGCAUUGGAAACCCAGUUAGACAAAUUGUAUGCUACGCCAGAUCCCAACCAACCUGAUGAUGAAGUCAAGUUCAUGGCUGCAGUGUCUGACCUUGCUGAUCGAGAGCUGGUUAUCACCAUCAGCUGGGCCAAACAGGUGCCAGGUUUCACCAACCUCUCCUUACAGGACCAGAUGAACCUCCUGCAGCACUCCUGGCUGGAGAUCCUGUGUCUCAAUCUAGUGUUCAGGUCGUGUCCUUACAAUGGUUCACUCAGCUUUGCAGAGGACCUGAAGGUGUCCCAUGAACUAGCCAAAACAUACAGUGUACCUUCAGAGUUUGAUUCUCUUACAAGGAAACUGUGCAAGAAAUUCACAUAUCUUGGUGUGAGCAAAGAGGAGUAUGUGCUUCUGAAGGCAAUCACUCUAUGCAACAUAGAUGUGGUGGCAGAGGUAACCGAUUCAGUUCAGACUCUGCAAGAAAAGCUUCAGGACUCUCUCAUGGAGAUCAUCAAGAUCCGACAUGCUGGGAACAUGCGGCGGCUGGGGCAGCUGUUUCUGCUCCUUCCCCCUAUAACACACAUCAAACUGCUGGCCAAGCAGUUCUGGUUUGACAUGAAGAAAGAUGGACGUGUCAUCAUGCACAAACUUUUCUUAGAAAUGCUUGAGGCAGAUUCCUGAGGAAAGUGUUCUGGCCAACUUGUGGGGCCAUUCAUAAUUUCUACAGCAUCUAGGGAACAUGUCAUCUUGAGGUAGCCUGCUAGCUAGGACACUGAGGAGGAUUACCUGCUUGUAGGCUCAUGAACAAGGAACAGGUUGAGUGCAUUCUCUUUGUAUACUGUGUGAUAUUCACUCAUGGAAUCUACAAGUAACCACUGGUAAAGUUAAGGGAUUGUGUGUAACCAUAUGAAAGUUAUCAGGUUGUAAACUAGAAAAGGAUCUUGUUUGUGUUGACUGUGUUAAAACAAGAUCACCAUACUCAGAAGGAUUACUGUGGAUAUGGAAGCAUUGGACUACCAGUAAUGUCUAAGCAUCAGUGAUAAUGUAUAUAUCUGUGUGUGUGUGUCCAUGUGACCCCUUCCAAUUCCAUUCCUGUCAUGCAACAGUAGUGCUUCCCACAGCAGUGGCUGUAAGCAGAGAUGUAGAGCAAACCACAAUCAAAUAAAGCAGUGUGCUCCUGCACAGGCCACAUAUCUGGCUCUUCAAAGGUGAGACGUACUGCAUGGACAAGAUGUCUGGUUCUGCUGGGGCUUGAUAUCAGGUUCUGACAGGGCUUGACGUUUGGUUCUGCUGGAGAGUAAUGUCUUGUUCUAACAGGGCUUGAUGUCUGGUUCUGCCGAACUUGAUGUCUGGUUCUGUCGGGGCUUGAUGUCUGGUUCUGCCGAACUUGAUGUCUGGUUCUGUCGGGGCUUGAUGUCCGGUUCUAACAGGGUUUGACGUCUGGUUCUGACAGGGCUUGACGUCUGGUUCUGCCGAAUUUGAUGUCUGGUUCUAACAGGGCUUGAUGUCCGGUUCUACACAUGCCGGAUGUCUGCCUCUACACAUUCUGGACAACAGACUUAGCAGACAUGAGGUAGGCAAAGUGAGCUCAAGUGGAUUACAUAUGAAUCAUCCCAAUCACAAACUGGUCAGAUGGGCAAACUCAUUCAACCUCAACCAAAUGGCAUCUCAUCCAAUGGGUGAUGCAGCUAAAUGGCAUGAGAUGGUUCUUGUAGCUUGAACAUGUACAACAUCUAUGCAGAAAUCACAGGACAAUGUACUCAUGCGUGUUAGCAGUUUGGAGCAGGACAUUUCUGAGAUUAUCUUCCAUCAUCGUCUGGUAGGGCCAACCUUGGCCCUGCCCCUGGGUGUCCUAGAACUGACCUCAUUGUCAUCACCAUCCAGCUCCAACGCCAAAGUUCUUGAAUGGCAUUAAAGCUACCCUGAACAAUCAAGCCAAAGUUAACCAUAUCAAAUAUAUUGUUGUGAAUUUAUCAUCAUGAAUUAUCUAUGGAUUGGACAGACAGCAAGAGAAUGGUGAUUGUUUGGUGUUAAAGCUUGGAGACACUGACUCAGGUUGAAUGUGUUCCCACAAAGGCAGCACUCAUGGUAUCUCUGUUCAUUGUAGCUUUGGGUGUCAGAUGUGCAGUUUCCGCCACUGUAGAAGAUGCCAGUGACACAGUCAUUAUAGCCCUCGCACUGUAGGCUUUCUUCUGCUCACCCAUUGUGUAACACUGGCUUUCUUACAUGGUCAUUAAGUGUUUUAUAGUCACUAUUCCUGGGACCAGUCAACUGAGGAUGAUCUUCAUUUUGGUAUUUUCUGUGAUGUUAUAUAAGUACCAUAUCCAAUGUUUAAAAGUGUCGCAGUCCCAUGUAACAUGGAUACAUUAAAAUGAAAUUCAGAUUGCGAAAUGGACGAGUUUCAUCAAAAAUGCAUUUCAACAUCUGAACUUUCUUGACCAUGUAAAUCAUGUAAUUAUGUUCUGACAUCUCUUUGAUUAAGUCCUUUUGGACUAGACCUCACCAGGCAAUAUUCAAAUUCCAAAUUCAGGGCACCAAUUACAUUGAAUAUGGUAAUUAUUAAAGAGAGGGAAAUAAUUAAGAGUGUGCGAACAGAGGGUUACAAAAUCGAACUAUGGCAUUUGGUAGACGAGUGGCUAUAUUUUUAGAAGCCAUGUUGUAACUGUGUCAGCUUUUGAGUUUUAUGGAUUUGUUUAAUCAGGUGUGUAAGAUAUGCAAAAGAAAAAAAAUAUUCUUCCCUUUGAAGAUUUUGAUUUGAAACUUGUGUCACUGCCUAAUCUUGCCAAGUCAGACUGCAUUUGAGGGAAUUUACAUCUUUCACCCUGUAGGCCUAAGUUGCUUAACAGCAGUUUUACAUGCAUUUGAACUGUUAGUGGCAUGCAUGUCAAAGUGUGCUAUUUUCAAUCAAACUUACCCAUAACUGAUAGUCAUCUAGGACCAGCUGUUGAUUCCAGUGUUAGACACCAUGUUACUGCAUUUUAUUUCUAGUUUUGGUACCUUGGUGUAGUUAAUGUUGUUAGUUAAUGACAAAUGUUAUGACACUUGUUAAUCUUUCCAGUGGGUUACCACCUUCUCAUUAUGUGGUUUGUUUUUCAUGUAUUUUAUUAUGUUUUGUGUUGUGUGCUAGCGUGUGUGUGUACUAGGAACAAGACUAAUAUGUAUAGUGCAUGUCGUCAGGCUGAUAGAGGUGUCUAAAGUGACUAUUCCAGACAUGUGGAAUUUAAUAUUGAUGUUUCUGAAAAAGUCAAGACUAUGAAGAAUUUCAGCUUGGAUUUUCCUCACUUAAAACAAAAUGAUAUCAAGGAAUAAUGGACAUUGUAAUUUUACUGAUACUAAUUUAAGAGGGAAACCUGAUGAAGUCUGUAUUGCUUAUUUUUUGUUUGUACUUCUAACAUAGAUACCAGCUAUCAAUAGUUACAGGUUAACAUUGAUGCAAAUCUGUUUUCUCUUGAAUUUACCUGAAUGGUUAGAAUGGUUGUCCAUAUAUGAGGACAGGCAUUGUCUCGCAGAGGACAGGCAUUGUCUUGCAGAGGACAGGAUGAUUAAAGAGAGGAUAAGAUUCAUCAUCAAAUGGAUUGAGGAUUCUGGAGACUACUGUGUUGCCGGAUUCCAUUGAUGAUGUGUCAUCUGUGUCUGAAGAUGUUAAGUGUCCUUUACUUGAGUUCCUCCUACUCUGUUCAUUUGGAUCAAGCAGUUCUACUUGUUGAUGCGGACAGUGCUUGCCAACUUCCACAACUUUGGUUCCAGCUGCUUGUGAUCCUUGUUUUUUUUCAGACUGUACUUUUUUACCAAAGACAAGUAUGCAACAUCUAGGAACCCCUAUCCAAGAACAGAAGUUAACAUGAACUUUACUAGACAUUGAUUUUGUAUGCUUUUAUGACAUUGUUAUGUUAAACUGUGUGAUAGAGCAACGAGGUGAUAAGGAAAUCGAUGCAAAUUUUGUCACUUAUUCCCAUCAAAUGGGGACUGUUUGUUUCACCUAUCAGUAGUGUACUUUUAGGCAACAUUAGACAUCAGUGUUAUAGCAUUCUGACUAGUGUGUGAAUUACAGAGGCCUUUGAUAAGGAUUGAUGGGCUUGUUACAGGUGCAUCGUGGGCCGAGUCCAAGAUACUUCUUGUAUCUGAGGAGUCAAUGUAUGUGUGAUUACGAUUCUGUCCCUGUUAUGCCCCGAUUGAAUGUGUCUUCAGUGCUCCUUAGACAGGUGGCAUCAGUGUUGCCUGGUCCACUAACAAAGUCCUAUUGAAAUGUUGAAGUUUAAGCAUGUAUCCUACAGUUAUCUCUUGCAAUCUCAGUAUUGUGGCAUUCCUCCCCUCCCACACCCACACCCACACCCACAACCACCACCCACUCCCAACCGUCCAACACACUGAAUGUCCUGAAACGAUGUCCUGAAUGUAUUUUUGUGUGCAUUUUCUAGAAUCUGCUCAUUCAUAGUCAGUCUUCUUACGUUUUCUCUUUUCCUGUGAUUGAUCACAAGCAGUAGAAACGGAAGCAGGGAGACAGCUAUUGCCCUACCGAUCUUGUAGUGAAUCCACAUUUGCUCGUAAUGUGUCACUCUAUUUCCUGUAGAUAUAUGGAAGCCAAAUUUGUAUUGGUCAAGAGUGGAACAUAUCUGGAAAAUCGUUUCAGGCAAAUAGAAGGGAAAGAAACUAAUUAAGAGAUUCAGUCGUGUCAUUAUGCCCAUGGUUAAAAAGUUCUUGACAUCCAUCACCACUGAUUUGAAGUUAGAGAAUUUCAAGCCGCCUUGGUUCAAAACAUCCUGCAUUCAUUCUUGAUCAGUUUAAAGGCAGCAACCAUUCUUAUCCUAUUCUGUUUGUCACAUUGUCACUUUUUCAGUUUACUGUUCCAACUUUAGUCCACAUUUUGUUUGGCAACUGUCAUGAGUUUUUGUUGAACAUGUCGAAAGGUUCAUUGUCAUCAUCAUAGAAAACAGAAAAAUGAAAGCAAGGUAAACAAUGCAAAAAGAAUCCUCUUGUCCUGUGACAUCUGUUAUGUUGUGUCUGGUGAGUUUUCUUUACAUUACUGUGUGGGCAUGACCACUUGACACUUUUCCUAUGUUAAUCAUGUCAAAGCAUGGUCACAUGAUCGUCAU